CUAGUAAACUUAAGCUAGUUAGCUAAAGGCGGGUAUAUAUGGUUGACUGCGUAAUACCCAACACGCUUAACGUUACCCCAUCAACACGUGUAUUAGGACACAAUGUGGAGAAAACAUGGCCUCUCGCUUUAUUGCGCUAGUUGUUAACUAACGUUAAAUGUAGAACGCGUGUCCUUAACGGCUCUCACGUGAUGACCAGUAACGUUACGUGGUUUGUGUUAAAGGUAAAGUUAAUACGCCGCGGUGUAAGUUAGCAAGCUAUUCAACGUUAGCUAACUGUUAGCUUUCUUAGAGUUCCGCGAUAAAGGUCAUGGGCUGCGGAGACGUCAACCUUGAGAGGAACAAUGUGGGUGGAUACGGUAAUCAAUCAACACAAAACUCCUUGAAUGCAGAUGUAUCCGUUUUGCAUUUAAAGAGACGAUUUUUAACAUCGUCACAUAUAGUUGUGCUGGAACCAUGUGCUCCUCUCCUCCGCCCACGCCACUAUGCUUCACUGCAAACCAAGAGCUGUCCAAUCGUUACCAAAUUCUGGACAGGAGACUGGAUAACGUUAAAGGUUGUGAGAGGGUCGCAGAGUGGUUUUGCAUAGAUAACAGAAGCGCAGCCGAGGUUCCGCAGAGCAUGACAGGUCAAUAUGCCAUGUUAAACAUACGCUGAAGCUCAGAGGCGGACUUUGUAGCAUGUGACUGGGAGAGGCGGGAUAUGAGGGACGACGCAGCCAAUGAAACGGACGGAUUUGAGUGAAGAGCCAAAGUCUCUCAAAGACGGAAACCGGUGCAGAUCAACUACACCAUUGGCUGUGGGGAAGAAAGUCGCUUCUGAAUGAUUGAAGUACCCUGCUAAGAAAUAGUAAAGGAAUGAGUGGUGUAAAACGUAGAAACUGUUUUCAAAACGUAUUCCUUAAAAAUCUACAGUUUUUGAGUGAAGGUUAAAAGAAGACGAGACCUGAGGUUACCACAAAGGGAACAAGUCUGAACCCCAACGCUAAAGUGUGGCAGGAGAUGCCUGCCCACCAGAAUGACGUCCCAGAGGAGACAGCGGAUUCUCCAUGGCUACUGACCUACCCGCCUCCUGCUGAGAUGACCGACGGUUACGCCGACGUUCCAUCUUCAGCAGGAAAAGGAUAUGAAGCUGAAUUCCCGGACGGCACUGUUGCCUACGCCUCUGUACCCGCAGAGUGCAUUGUAAAUGGCACUGACCACACUAUCUCUGAGUAUUUAGUCUUUGACCCUCAAUGUGACUCGGCCAUAGAUGCUGAUGCUUCUGAAGGGCAGCCAAUGACCGAGGAGAACCUAAGAGAGUCUUUGAAGAAACAGCUCGAGUUCUGCUUUUCUAGAGAGAACCUGUCAAAAGACCUGUACCUGAUAUCCCAGAUGGACAGUGAUCAGUUUGUUCCUAUCUGGACCAUUGCUUGCAUGGAGGACAUCAAAGCCCUUACUACUGAUAUGGCGCUCAUUCUGGAUGUCCUGCGAGCUUUGCCUAUGGUGCAAGUGGAUGAACCUGGAGAGAAGGUUCGGCCAAACCACAGUCGCUGCAUCAUCAUUUUGAGAGAGGUACCAGAGACCACACCAAUUGAGGAAGUGGAGGCUCUUUUUAAGAGUGAAAACUGUCCAAAGGUGUUGGGUGUCGAGUUUGCACACAACAGCAACUGGUACAUAACAUUUCAGUCUGAUUUGGACGCACAGCAGGCCUACAGAUACCUAAGAGAGGAAGUGAAAACGUUCCAGGGAAAACCAAUCAUGGCCCGCAUUAAGGCCAUAAACACAUUCUUUGGUAAGAACAGCUUCCGCAGUGUGAACUCGAGUGUGUACAGUCAGCAGGCCCAACCACAGGCUCACUAUAGCGCCCCAGUUUACAUGCAGCAGGCGUACAGCCCCCAGCAGCAGUACCCCGUGUACCCCGUGGUGUCUCCCUCAUGGAACCCUGCAGUCGUCCCCUACUUUGAAACACCACUGGCACCUUUUCCACAUAGCGGUUUCAUGAAUGGUUACAGCAGUCCUGGGAACUAUGAACCAAACGCAAGCACUAUCAACAACCAUCGACCCAUGAGCAGGAACCGACACCAUGUUAAGGGUCACCCUAGGCCUGGAGACAUGCCACCUUCUCUUGCUCAAGGGCCCCUAAUGGAUAGCCUGUCUGGUCCCUUAAGUCCACGACCCCUCCAGACAUCAGUGAAUGCGACCGGCACCACUAUGGGAACAGCCUCCCUAACCUCCUUCAGCCUUAAAGACACUUCUCCACAGGCCAUCCUACCAAGUGGAUAUCUGAGUGAAGCUUCCCGGGGAAGGAGAGGUAGCUACAGAGGCAUGAGGAGGAAAAGGGAAGAUGAAAAUACUACGAGGCCUGUCCCUCUGAUGGAAACUAAAGUACCUCCUCCACCGAAGUUUGACCUGGCAGCUUCCAAUUUUCCUCCUCUGCCGGGAUCUGUGGUCAGUAUGCUGGGAGAAACUAUGCCAGAGAUGCGCCUUUCUGAUGUUGUGCGCGGCCUAAAGGUAACAAACAAGCCUGUGAAUCAAGAGGUUGCCGGGACCCGACAAACUAACCACUCUGAAGAAGCUGUCGGCAAACCAAAUGCUCUAACCCAGGUGGCUGAACCUCCUCCUGUGACACCGCAAACGGUGGAUCCACCAGUCUUAAGUGUGUCUCCUCCGGCAAAGGAAGAGGAUGUAGCUGAACCUUCUAUUCCUAAAGACACAUCCUCCCCGGCCCCCCUCCCGACAGCCUCUGAACCCGCUCCCUCCGCCUGCAGCCAGUCUGCUUCUACUGAAGCACCGUCCUCAUCGCCACCAUCUCCAACAUCGGAGCUGGGGUCAAGAAAGCUGAGCUAUGCAGAAGUGUGCCAGCGGCUGGCCAAGGAGCCGCCGCCACCACAGACGCCCUCCCCCUCCCCUCCCGCCUCCUCAGCCAACCAGCCACUGCAAGAGCUCAAGGUUAACCGGGCGGAGGAGCCUCGUCACAACUCCAGGCGCACUACAGAGAAACCCGGGGAGAGCCGCCCCCCUCGCCAGCCUUUGCGCUCCUUCAGAGGGGCCAAUGGCCAAGCCCGACCCGGAGCCCUGAAGACUCGGGAGAAUCCGAGAGACCUAAAUACUGGCAAACCCUUCUCUCCUCACCGGGGAGCCAGACGCAGUGGCAAAGAACAGAACAUCCCCCCUAGAUCCCCCCACAUAACGGGAGAAAAAUGAACCUAUAAAACAGAAAGGAAAAACUAUUUAUGUAAAUAUAUAAUAUAUGUAAAUAGACAGAUGAUUAUAUUUCAUUUGACAGACUUUUUCAAAGAAUCUAAAUAUUGUUGCAGACCUGAAAUACUUUUAAAGGAGGUGCACAUACUGAUUUGAGAAAACAUACUUUGCUUAAAGUAAUCUCACCGUGACGUUCCCAAAAGAUGCCUUCAUAAACGGGCUGAAUCUGUAGUGUGUAAAUGAGAGGGAUGUUGUUACUUUUUAAAUAGAAGGUAGUCUUGACAUUUAGCAAGCGCAGUCGACAUCUUAAAUGAGGCCCGUCUGGGUAGCGAUUUAUUGUUGGUAUGUGAUUCAUCCAGGGUGUUGUACCAAAUUUGUUUUGCAUUGAAAUCAAGGAUGUAAGUGAUAAUGAAUGACGAGGAAGAUGUUAAAACAGUGGGGUGUUUGAUUAACUACAGAAGGUUUGAGGAGCCGUAUUUUAAGGCCUUGCAUAAUGUAGAAACGGUCUACAAAAGAUGCUGAUGAAUAUGAAAUGUAUUCAGACUAUUGCGUUGUGCAAACAUUAUCCUUUGUUUCGCGUUAGUCAUCUUAGUGAUGCAGGUGUUUGAUCAAUACUAAUGACUGAUAUAAGCCCUGUAAACUUACAGGACUAGAUCAGUUUUUCUUUUUUUCUUUUUUACAGGAAUGUAUCAGGGAUUUAACUCCUGUGCACAUCUGUAUGUCUUGUACAAAUUCUAUAGUGAGAAAAGUAGUUGUCAGCCAAAUAACCUCCUGUUGCUGAGGGUUAUUGGGCUUAAGCAGGAGCAGAACGACGAUAUCCUUGCUUGAUCACAAGUCACUAGUGCGUGUGUGUGUGUGUGUGUUAUGGAAUUUGGUGGCUAACUUUGGUUCUAGGCCUGGGUUCUAAUGUGGCUCGUUAUGUAUUUCCAGUUUCGGGAUGGUUUCUGGAGUAGAAUGAUGGAUCCUUAAGAGUAAGCUGUCCUUGUUUGUUACUCUCGAUUUAAGGUGAUUAUUUCAUGGUUGAUGUCAUUGUCGAUGUCUAAAGGUGAUGCAAUGAAGUUGAUAGCCUGCAUUAUUUUUUAUUUUAUUUGAUACACCAUAAGCUUCAGAUGAAUGUAGUCCUUUUUGGUAUAAAACCACUUUUGAUCUUGUAAAUGUCCAUAUGUAGUAGUAGCUUUCUUUGAGUGCGUGCAUAUACAGAUUUUUCUUUUCUUUGUUAAUGUUCUUGUUUUUCGUGCUGGGUUUAAUUUUCUAUGCUUUUCUUCUACUGGUAUUAACAGUUUUUGUAUUACGAGUACAUAAGCGUGUCGACUGAUCCAAGAAAAGAUACCAGGUUAUUGACAACUGAAUUGGAUUCUGAUCAGCCAGUUAUGUCUAACGGUGAGCAGAACACAACUGGACUUUCAGUGGCGGGAGUUUAAAUGCACCAUCCUUAAAUCUCCUGGAUUCCUAAUCCUAAGAAGUUAAACAUGGAAAGGGGUUGCACAUAAUUGUGCAACUUAAGUGUAACUGUUUAAUUAUAGUGUUCUUUUUUCGUCAGAUUAAUCUGUUGUUGCAAUUGGAAAUGAACAAAAAAUCAGUGAAGAUAAGAAUUGUAGAUUUUUAGGAUUUGGGGGAUAAAUCAUUUUGAAUGUCUGCUGCUUGUAGGGACUUUAUUACAGUGUGUUCGGUGUCUUGUAAUCUGUAGUUUAGCUGUCUCCUGUGUGUACUGUAUUAUGGUUGUUCGAGAUUGCGUUGGCUUCAGACUGCAUGGAACUAUUAUCACAACCCAAACCUUCAGUGCCUUAACUCGUUUUGUAAAAACAGUGCAAGAAUUGUGAGUACAUCUAUUCGUCACACAAAACGUGGCUGGUUAAUUCUUUGUCAAAAUCCAAUGUAUGUCAUUUUUGACACUGAAGACACUGGAUUCCACUUGCGGCUGAUCCCUUGUUCUUGUAGGUGCAGGGCUGGUUAGAGUGAAGCUUUAUGCCUGUGCGCAUGUUUGUCCGUUAUGUCUAUGACACAUUUCAUUCUCUUAACUUGUCGAUGCAAUGUCAGUCUUGUAACAAUGCUGCGUUUAACUCUCAAUCAUGAGAUUGCAGUUUUACGCCUAAUACACUGGUUUAUUAUGUGAUUGCUGAGCCUGAAAUGUAAAAAAUAAAUAUUUUUAAACUUA